AUGACGCUGACGGCGAUUUCCAUCGACCGUUGGUACGCCAUCUGUCAUCCUCUAAAGUUCAAAUCUACCACCAGCCGUGCCAGAACGGCCAUUAUUAUCAUAUGGAUCUUGGGACUCGCCUCAGACGUUCCAGAGCUGUUGGUGUUGGAAGCCAUCGAAAAGACGAAACGAUUUUCGUCCAUCUAUCUGACCCAGUGCGAAGCUCUGUGGAGCCAAGAGUCUGAGACCACCUACCAGAUCGCCAAGACCAUAGUGCUUUACAUCCUGCCCCUAUUGCUCAUGUCGGUCGCCUACUAUCAGAUUGUCCGGGUGCUAUGGAAAUCCGACAACAUACCAGGGCACACAGAAACUGUGCAAAUGUUCAACGCCAAUGCUUACAACGGGUUCAACCGGACGGCGACGGUGGGGUGUACCAGCACGAUGGCUCAGAUAAAAGCCAGGAGGAAAGCGGCGAAAAUGUUGGUGGCAGUUGUGGUCAUGUUCGCACUGUGCUUCUUUCCCGUGCACCUGAUGAACUUGUUGAGAUUUACGGUGGGCAUUCAACAGUCGCAGGCAACAGCUCUAGUUUCAAAUUUAAGUCAUUGGCUGUGCUACGCUAACAGCGCAGUAAACCCGUUGAUAUACAAUUUCAUGAGCGGCAAGUACCGUAACGAAUUCAAACGGUUGUUCCUGUGCUGGGGCUCAAACAGACAGAAUCGCCUGCGCCGGGGAGCACACACGUCCCGGAGUGGCACGUACAUUUGCCGUUUCACGAUGACCACGAUGAAGGCAGACAACGUGAGUUUCGGACUGUCGCCUGAAGACAUUCAGUGA